AUGCGUGAACGGUUAAUUGACGAGGCAGAGAAGGAGAAAGAGGAGAAAGAGGACGACAGCCGGCUCCGAUAUGGUAAUCCUACGGACCAUGUGAUAUGGCCACGGGUUGGGUAAUUAUCGCGAAAAGCUUCAUAUCGCUCGCCUUGUUUUCAAAUAUCUUGGAAUAAUCUCAGGCGGAAGAAAAAAGGAACAUCCUCUAAAGAUUACCUGAAAAGUUUAUUCAGUCUUCAGACUAUAUUAUCGGCUGAAUCAUGGGAUCUAUGAGGGUCGUCAAUUUGCGGAGUCGCCUUGACCAAGAAAGGCUCUUAGAACAUCUUGUCCUUCUUUCAAUAGUAAUGUUAGAAAGUUGAACGUUCCGAUGAUCAGCUGCUAGUCGAAUUAGUUGCCACUUAAGGGGUUAAAAAUUAGUGGCCACUAUAGGGUUUUGAUGGUUCAGUGGCCACUAUAGUAGUCAAAGCAGUGGUCACUUAAGGGGUUCAAAAUUAGUGGCCACUAUAGAGGUGCUACUACUAGACCACUAAAAAUUUUAGUGACCACUUUAGGGGUCAAUGGAUCAACAUAACUGGUCCAAUCUGCUUGUUUUAAAAUUAUCAGAGUUACUGGGUGAGAACCUCUAUAGUGGCCGCUUAAACGGAAAAUAGUGGCCACUAUAGAGGUGGGUUUAGUGGCCAUUUCAGUGUCCUCUCCAAGUAGUCCUUGGCGAGCCUCUAAAUAUUAACUAAACAUUUUCCCAGGACCUUCGAAAUUCUUUCCUAGCGUUAUUUUUUAAUACUUUUUGGUUGAAUGAAGCUUCUGAAAAAAACCUCAAACAGCCCUUCUUAGGGUCUUUCUCAGCUUUUUUGAAUGUUGAAAGAAGAAGGUCAAAGAAGUGACUAUGAAACCCGGAAAAACGGAAAUCGUUUUUUUCAGAAUCAUGUAGAUUCGAGGCUAUUGGGGACUUAUUAAAAUCUGCACUUCUAAAAGCUUUUGAAAGCUCAAAUAAAUUUUUUGGUGUUUCGCUUUGAAAUCGAGGCUCAGCCCAACACAAUCUUAGCGCCUUCAGAAUUUUAUAAAAAUCAGAAAAGUUCUCUGAAAACCCAAUAUUUUUUUGAUUUCUCUAUUUGAUCAUUUUUGUUCGUUUUUUUUAUUAAUGUAAUUUUUAACUUCUGGUUCUCAAAUUUGAUACUUUUUACGUGAAACGCGCUAAUUUUGAUGUGCCGAGGACAAUUUUUCGGUUGACUAGGGUCAAUCAAAAAGUCCAGUUUCAAAUCUCAAAAUUUGAAUCGAAGUUCUCUCCCAGACUUCAAUUAACUAAAUCCUUGGCUAAUUGGAUAAAAAUGAAGUUUAGUGAUUCUAUGUUCUUUCAUAGAUUGUUCAUAGAUUAUGAAAAUCCAUGGAAAAACUUUUUUUGGGAUGCUUCGAAAUUCCUCAAAAUUGAUACUCGCUUUCGGCUUCCGCCGUCUAGUAACAACAGCAACAACACAGGUGACAGUAAUUAUCGACCCCAACGACCGUCGCGAAAACGUUGGUGCAAACAAGUUCUACUCCUUUCUCCAACGCCAAAACGAACAAAGCAACGUCUGGCCGGGCUCUUCUCUGUCUCUGUGUGUGUGUAUGUGUAUACAUUUUGGCCGAGGCGCAGACGCAGACGCGGCUCAGUUCUGUUGGCAGCGUGCCAGGGUUAUGGGCGGAGCCUCUCCACGAAGCGAUGGCGCGUUGCCAACGCUUCGGAAAAAGAGGGGCGGAGUCAGAAAGAGAGAAAGCGAAAAGCGCACGGAUCAAACGAGCACAUCGUCGUCCAGCCAGACCAGUCCUCUCUCUCUAUUUCUCUACGUCCGAAAAUGGUCGCCGCCGCCGCGAAAAGCCCUGCCAAGAAGUCCAAGAUCGCCAAGAAGCCCAAGGCCCCCAAGGUCAAGAAGGCCACUACUAAGGUUGGCGUUUUUUAAUUCUCUGCUGCUAAAAAUCUAUGUUCCCCUUCUCAUAAUGAUACCUUUGAUCAUAAAGUACGAACCAGAGAAUCUCUUAAGUGACCCCUUCAAAGAGAGGUCAGAUUUUUGUUAGAACAGACUUGCCAACGAUUGAAACUAGCAUAAGAAAGUUAUAGAGCGUAGGAAAAAGGAAGGAUUAGAGAAGUGAUUUUCUCUGGUCUCUCUGUCUUUCAAGCGCUCUCUAGCUCCAAUUUGAGUCAUUAUUUUAGCCAAAUUUCAGUCUCAAAAAAAUUAAAGAGGUCACUUAAGAGAUUUUGAAGGUCUUUCCGGUUCGUAAUUUUUUUGAAUGUAGAAUUCUAUUAUUUUUUUCUUUCGUUAUGAACAAAAAUUUCUGUCCCAGUUAAGUUCUGCUCAGAGAAUCUUGCUGUUAUGAUUGAAAAAUUCCAUUUUAUCAAGCUCAAAAUUCAAUAAAAAGCUAACUUUUCCCACCAACACCGCCUUUUUUUCAUUACAAAAUAGACAUUUUCUCAUUUUUCCAGCCAGUGAAGAAGGCUUCGCCCAAGAAGAAGGCCGCGCCCAAGAAAGUCGCCGCCAAGAAGUCUCCAGCCAAGAAAGCUGCUCCCAAAAAGGCCGCCGCCAAGGUAUUCAGCUCAUUUUUCUUUCCAUAUCUUCUUCAACUUCUUUCAGAAAUAA